AUGGCUCAUUUCAGUGUUUCACUGUGUGUUAAGCUUCAUAAUUUGAGACAUUUAUGGGUUUGUUUUUUAGAAUAUAGUUUUGAUUUUGGGAUCUGGAGAUGCAAUACCAAGAUCUCCCUGUAGGUGUCAGUAGAGGAUGAGUUUUCGAGACCAAUUUUUAUAGAUAUGAACCAACUACUUUUUGGGUCAAACAUCUCUUCAAUGUGAGAACAAGCUACAAUAUUUGAAUGGGGUAAACAAAUAAAAGAAACAAAUACGGAUGUAACUUUGAAAAGUUUUAUAGAAAAUAUUUUUAGUAAAGAAAUUUGUGUUGCUGUUUAUUUGCAUUUUUAGCAAUAAUCUACUUUUUUUUUUAAAAAACAUAAAAUAUUCAAAAUUCCAUAUUCGGUUCUAAAGUAUAACAGGUAAACUAUCCAUCAUUCCUUGCCAGCUGUUCUAAAGCCAGCCACCUCACACGUCACGUGGGUAGCAUGCUGGCUCUCCUUCCAAGUGGGAAAGGAAAAGUUGAAGUUUUGAUUGACGUUCCAUUGGACCAAUCACAGUUCGACUCUGCAGGCGCUUCGGCCAAUCAACAAGUGAGAAGACUUGAAGCGUUUUGGUGGAUGGGGUCUGCUUACAUCGAAGAGUGCAAAGUGAAAAGGCGCUGUGAAAAGUGGAAUGGUCUCAGUGUAACGAGUUGUAUUUCAGUCAGAAAAGUGAACCGACUUCUCUAAAAACGAUAUUAUGGCGGGAAGAUGAACUUUUCAUCUGUGGAACAGUCAUUAAAUGGAAUGCACGCUGGUGAAGUGAAUCUCCUCCCUGCUGCUGUUUGCAGACCCUGUUUGUUGGAGGAGUAGCCGGCAUGGACGUGGAAGACUUUCCUCCCCCUCCUCCUGAAAUGUUGGCUGACAGUGUCACAUUUCCAGAGGAAGAUGAAGGAGAGCCCUUCGACUUCGAUGACGACGAGGUGCUCGAACCACCUCCAGCCUCUCAAAAUGGGAGCGAGGACGAUAGUACGGCCGGCCCCCCGGCACCUUCCAUCACCCCUCACACAGCUCCAUCACCAGCCGACGGCAGGGUCGCUGACAGCGGCGGCUCCUCUGUGGGCGCAGCGGAGGAGACAUCUGCUGCUGGAGGGAAUAAUGAAAGGGAAAAAGAUUUACCACCUCCUCCAUCUCCUCCCCCUCUUCUUGAUGAUGACCUACAGACACAUCCAGGAACCGCAGGUCUGCAGAGUGAAGGGGACAUGGAAAGUUUGAAUUCUUCCACAAAAGACCUUCACUCUCCACAAACCACAAACGGGACCUCCUCCCAAGGCAAAGUCAACCCUUACUCAGUGAUCGACAUCGCUCCCAUCCCGCUCCAGAAUGGGUCCUCCUCCUCCACCUCCUCCGCCACGACUGAGCCAAAAGAGCAAGAAGGAGAAGGCCACAACAGUUCUCCUGGGAUUACCCCGGGGUAUUCGGUACCAGUGCCGUGCGGCUACGCAACCCCCUCCGGCGUGCCGCUCAUCACGCCGGCCUACACCACUCCCGUCAUCAUUCGCCAUCUCUCUGUGGAUGAAGAUGUGACCGUUUUAAAGACUUGCAAUACCUCGGCUGACAGCGUUUUCAGUGAAGAGUAUCCACCUAUUACAGAAGAGGAUGCUCUGGCGAAGUGGGCGUCAGAUCCAGCCAACACUGCAUGGAUGGAUAGUCCGGAUGAGGUGAUUUAUGAUGACGUUCCCAGAGAAAACUCUGACUCAAACACAGAUCCAGAUGAGAUGAUCUAUGAUGAUGUGGAGUUUGGGGAGGAGGGCGGCUGCAGCAGCUCCCCUGACAAUGGCUGGAGCUCCAGUGAGUUUGAAAGCUACGAUGAGACCAGCGACGGAGAAGGAGGGCCCGAGAACGGUCUUCCCAACGCCUUCAUGAGAGGAAAACCACCGCAGAGGAAGAACCACCUCUCACAAGAUCUGACGCGCUUGAAAGAACACUAUGAGAAAAAGAUGAAAGAGCUAAUGGCAAAUACUGUUGGAACAGUAGAGCUGCAGCAGCUAAAACAGAAACACGAGCAGAAGAUGCAAAAGUUGGUAAAGGCGGCAAAAGAAGGAACUAAAGACGGGCUGGAGAAGACCAAAGCUGCUGUGAAGAAGGGACGCUCCUUCAUCAAAACAAAGUCUUUUUGUCAUGAGAGGAAGCCCAUGUAUCUCGAGAGCGAGGAGUCAGAGCUCUUCAUUGAAGUGGACUGCUUCACCGUGGAGCCAGUCCUGAAUCCAGCACCAGAAGGCCUUUCACAGCAGCAGCUUGUUAGAAGAUGUAUUUUGGAAUCUAUUUUGGAAAGUGAGAAGAACUAUCUCAAUGCCCUCAAAAGGAUUUUAGAGCAAUAUGAGAAGCCGCUGUCCCAGAUUGAACCGAGGCUGCUCAGCGACAGGAAGCUGAAGAUGAUCUUCUACCGCGUGCGUGAGAUCCUGCAGUGCCACUUCCUGUUCCAGAUCGCUCUGGCAAGCCGGGUCGCGGAGUGGGACGGCCUGGAGAUGAUCGGGGAUGUGUUUGUUGCAUCGUUCUGUAAGUCCAUGGUGCUGGAUGCCUACAGCGAGUACGUGAACAACUUCAGCACUGCGAUGGCCGUCGUGAGGAAGACCUGCAUCUCCAAACCUGGAUUCCUGGAAUUUCUUAAGCACCGCCAAGAGACCAGCAGUGACCGGAUGACUCUUUAUGGUCUGAUGAUGAAACCUAUACAGAGAUUCCCACAGUUCAUUUUGCUUCUUCAGGACAUGCUGAAGAACACCCCAGUGGGUCAUGCGGACCGUCUGCCCCUGCAGAUGGCGCUCACCGAACUGGAGACGUUGGCUGAGAAGCUCAACGAGAAGAAGAGGGAGGCCGACCAGCGCUGCGAGAUCCGUCACAUUUCAAAGGCCAUGAAUGAACGUUACCUUAAUAAGCUGCUGAGUCAUGGCAGUCGCUACCUGAUCCGAUCGGACGACAUGGUGGAGACGGUUUACAGCGAGCGAGGAGAAAUCCUCAAAACCAAAGAGCGGCGCCUCUUCUUACUGAACGACGUGCUCAUGUGCGCCACACCCAACCUGCGAUGUCAGGAUGGAAGUGGGAGUGGGAGUGGAAGUGUUCCUCUUAACCAGAAGUUCCUUUUGAAGUGGAGCGUCCCUCUGAGCCUGGUGGAGGUGCUGGAGUUUGGCUCUAGCGAGGACAUGGUCGGCGGUGGCCGCCUUCCGGCCCCGCACUCCGGGGAGAAGGUCGUGAUCAACGCAAAGCCAAACAAACUGUAUAUGGGCCCUGGACAACUGUACCAAGACCUGCAGAACCUGAUCCAUGAUCUCAGUCUGGUUCAUCAGAUUUCAAGCAUGAUCAGCAGCCUCAAAGGAAACUAUCAGAAUGUGAAUUCCACUGUGGCGCAGGACUGGGUGUCAGGUCUCCAGAGGCUCAUACUGAAGAAGGAAGAGGAGAUCAGGGCAGCUGACCGGUGCAGGAUCCAACUGCAGCUGCCGGGCAAACAAGACAAGACUGGAAAACCGACAUUCUUCAGCGCCGUGUUCAAUACCCACAGUCCUGCUAUCAAACAGUCAUGGAUCAGUAACUUGCAGAUGGCUAAGCUAGCUUUAGAGGAGGACAACUUACAGGGGUGGUUUUUCGCAGAAGAUGAUGGAAAUCAAAUAAAAAAGCAGAAGCAUCCUCUUCUACUUCGACAAAUGCCUGUGAUCAUGUCAAAACUGCAGGAAUUCAAGAUUGAAUGUGCUGUUCACAACCCAGAGCCCUUCAUCAACACGGAGAGCACGGCUGAUAGUCCGGCUAUGGGUCAUGGAUGCGUCUGGGUUGCAAGUUGCACAAACCAGAUGGGCCAGAUCGCCAUCGUGGCCAUGCAGAACUCCAGCCCCAAAGUGACGGAAUGUUUUAACGUGGAGUCCCGGAUCCUCUGCAUGGCUUUUGUUCCAGCCGAGCAAACCCAGGAGAACGACGAUGACAACAACCGGGUUCCCCAAGCAAAGGCCAGUGACGCCCCCAGUGUCUGUUUGGGCAUGGAGGAUGGCAGUAUCAUUGUAUACAAGAGCAGCCAAAGAUCCAAGAAGGUUCGACUGCAGCAUUUCUUCACUCCAGAGAAGUCCACCGUCACCAGCCUGGUGUACAGGAAGCAGUGUCUGUUUGUCGGCCUGGUCAGCGGCUCUGUGGCGGUUUACUCCAGAUCAGCAGACGGUUUGUGGGACUCUGAAAAACCAAAGUUACUAAAGCUGGGAGUCCUUCCAGUCAAGGCCAUGCUGGCUGUGGAAGAGCACCUUUGGGCGUCAUCAGGCGGACAAGUCUUUAUCAUCAGCAUCCACACACACUCUAUCCAGAGGCACCUGGAGGCUCACCAGGAAGAAGGCAUGGUGGUGUCCCACAUGGUGGUGGCGGGGGUUGGCAUCUGGAUCGCAUUCAGCUCUGGUUCCACUCUGCGUCUCUUCCACACCGAGACUUUGGAGCACCUGCAAGACAUCAACAUCGCCACACCUGUUCACAGCCUCCUACCUGGUAACCAGAGGGUUUUGGUGAGCAGCCUGCUGGUUUGCCAUGGUCUGCUGCUGGUGGGAACCAAUUUGGGAGUGACCGUGGCUCUAUCUGUCCCCAGACUGCAAGGCAUCCCCAAAGUGACAGGUCGAGGUAUGGUAUCUUUACAUGCACACAAUGGACCUGUAAAGUUCCUCGUCAUGGCUGCUGCAGUGUGUAACCAUCUGCCAGGAGUGCAGUCAUCCUCCCCGCCCUCUUUGCCCCAACCAGCAGAGCCACAGGACGUAGACGGCACCCAGUCGCCGCCCUCAGAUUCAGCCACACCCCCCUCUCAGGGACAUGGCGUCUGGUUAGGGGAGGCUGGCUGUACCUCCAUGGCUCUGCAGGACUCACUGUCCUCCUCCUCCUGUGGCUCCUUAGCCCCCUCCCAGGGAUCUUUAGAGCAUGGGCCAGAGGACGGAGCUCUCUAUGACAUGAUUCAUGACGCGGCACACCACCAGAGAGCCCGCCGCUCAAGCAAGGUAGAUGUCAGCUCGCUGCUGGUGGUUUCUGGGGGGCUGGGACACCGCCGCGUCAACAAAAAGACCAAACCGUCGCGCCACGAGGACAACAUCUCCACCAUCAUGAUCUGGCAAAUCCCAUUACUCAGCAUGUGACACAUUUCAGCAUGUCUUUUACACGUUUCCAAAUUCCUCCAACAGUGCUGUUCUCAAAGAUCUGUAUGCAGGGCGAUAUUUGUGCUUCAUCAAAAUAACUAUUUAAACCAGAGCUUUAUUUGGCAUCAUAAUAUAUUUCUGAGAUGUUAGUACAUGGGCAAUUUUUUUUAAGGAUUUCUUUAGGAAAUGGUAGGUGCUACCUUCUGCCUGAUGAUUUUCUAUAACCUGGCUAAUGCACGUCUUUAUAUUUCAGUUAUUUUAACUUUAUUUGAUGGCAGUAUUUAAACCAGUGUUGGCAAAGGGGUAUCAGUAAGUGGGUUUUGACGGUUGGGAUGACAGAAGGAGUUUGGCUCAUCUCAUCUCUACACAUUCUCACUCCCAACUCGUCGUAUAUGGACAUUUGGUUCGGGCCCCCUCCCCGCCACUUUUUGACAUUUUGGGUGUCCCAGCUUGCUGGGUGUCGGAUCCCCAACCCUUGGGACACUGUAACGAUCACAGAACCUUUACCAGGUUAGGGUACCGAAACCAGGUUAGGGUACCGGUCCAGCGAGGGUAGGGGACCCCUGAUUAGAGUAUGCAUUUUUCCCUGUCUGUGACUUGGUACUAAGCGUCCCUCAGACCGGUACCGGUUUUCGACCCAGAGGUGGGGACCCUUUAUUUAAUGGGAACAGCCAGCACGUCAAAAAACUACAAGUUGGGGACACCUAAAACGUCAAAAAGUGGCGCGGAGGAGGUCCGAACCACACGUCCAUAUAUGACCAAAUAGGAGAUAGAAUGAGUUGCAUCUCUGGGUUUCAAUAGUCAAACGGGAUCAGUUUCUAGUGGAACCCAAUUUUAGAGGAGACCAACUCGCUUGCUUGCUGCUCCUGUUCUUCCAUUACAAGAGAGAAGGGAAUUCAUAAAGAAGGGAAACACGGAAUCGGUUUGUGAAGCCUUAUGAGAAUCUCUGGCUGGCCAGAUUUCUACUCAUUAAGGGAGAAGUCAUUACAGAGAGAUGUCUUUACCGUAACGCUCCUGUGUGUAUCAUGUGGGAUAUUAAAAGAUUUCUACAUUUGUCGAACUUCUAUGUACUUAUGUAUAUUAAAAAAUAAAAAGUUUCAUAGAAAUAUGUUUUAAGUUGAUUUUCUAAACUUUUCUGUGAUCUUUUUGGAGAAUUUUCUACUUCUUUUCUUCAUUCGAACAUGUUUUUCCUUUGAAGUUUUAGGUAAAAAAAAAAAAAAAAAAAAAAAGCAAUAGUAGACAACUGGAUUUGGUUUAUCUUUUAUUAUUGAAAACGUUUCAUCUCAACAACAUGUCCGCCAAGUCCCUCAGACUCUGCGGAUAUCCUGACUGGGCCCUCUCCAAAUCCCAGAUCACAGGAAGACAAGAAUGGACGAGUGCCAAAAAGGAGAACGAUUGUAAUCCCAACCAUCUCCGGAUCAUCUGAACUCAAAAGGAUUUUUGGCCAGCACAACAUCACUGUCCAUUCGAAACCGUUCAACACUUUGAGACAGAAACUGGUUCAUCCUAAGGAUGAAAUGCAGACCUACAAAAAGUAGUAUAUUCCUUACACUAUAUACACACCGGGCAUGAUCAGCGAGAUAAACUCGUCUUCUGGAACACACUUUGAGCAUGUGGUGUUCACACUAGACUAGUAGGAAUGGGCUUUUUUUUCUUUUUUUAUUGUUUACUAACGCAUGUUCAUCACUUACAGUUACAAGAGGCUUGGUGCAAAAUGUUGAAGCGUUGAAAAUAUUGCUCCAGGCUUUUUCUUUCACAGCUCUGUUCCAAUAUAUGAAAGACUCUCGUAGAAUUCCGGUUGGGUACAAACCACAAUUAUUCAUUUUAUCUUCGUGAUCAAUUCUCAAACAG